AUGUAUAACACUCUCGACGUACUCAGUACGGCGCGAGAAGAAGAAGAGUCAAAUAUUGAUAAGGAAAUUGUUUCUCACAAUACACAAAGUCCGUUUGAGGAACCAAAAGAAACACUGCAGUUGAAAACCAAAAAUGAACCAGCAAUUUCUGACGAAAUCCUAGCGCAGUUGGUUGCAAUGGGUUUUGAAUUAUCCCUUGCGCAAAUUGCUGUGAAUGAAAAUAAGGGUUGUGGAUUUGAUGCUACUCUUCAAUGGUUACUACAACAACAAAGUUAUCAAAACGAUAAUGGGCAUGACGAAGAAAUAAAAGUACCUAUUAAACAUUCCACCGAAAAUUUUUAUUCAAAGAAUGUAGAAUCGAAUCCUGCAUUAAAGAUAAAACUAACCCCUUAUCGUCGUCCAAUUUCUACGGCUAAUGCUACACCACCAAAGAAAGGAAUUUUGAAACCACCACCACCACCAAAUACACGCUCACUUUGGAAACGUGAUUGGUUAUCCACACUUAAUAUCCGUCUACAAAAUGCAGCAAAUUCUGCCUCAACUAUGGCAGCUCCCAAUACAACUGCCUCAUUCUUCUCUAGCGCGUUAAAACGAUUGAAUUCACCUACCACAUUUUCGUAUAUCACCCAACAGGAGGAACUACAACAAAUGCCUCAGCAGAACCAAAAACAGCCACCUCAUGUAAAUCCUACAACUCCUGCAGAUCAAAUUCCUCAAUACAAUUCGCAAAACUCCUCUCUAUCAUCGAAUACUAAUCUCCUUACUCCUAAAGCACUUAAGAGAGUCCGUUUUUCUGUAGCAAAGUUGACAGAUGAGUAUCCACACUCACCGAUCCCUGGUGAGAGUGAUAAUAGUGAUUGGGAAGAUGAAUAUGAUUUUCGGGAAUGGAAUGAAAAACAGAAAAAGACAAGUCAAACGUUACCUGAAGCAGAACAAAAAAGAGUUUAUACACCUAGAGAUAUGAUGAAAUUUUAUUUGGCUGCUUGUAGAAACAGAGAGGAAUUCCCCGCUGACCGUUUAGUUGAUAUCUUUAAAAAAGCAUGCCAGCCAGGAGGUUCAUUAAAUGUCAUUGACUUAACUGGUGACAUUAUUGACAAAAAGAUUGCCGAACCUAUAGCGGACAUUCUCACUCUUGAAUUUGGUUUACAAAAACUAAUAAUGGAAAGAUGCGAGAUUGAAGAAGAUACAAUGAAAAUUAUAUGUCAUAGUUUACUUGUGAAUGAUUCACUUCCGUACCUUAAUUUAAGUAACAAUAAGAGGCUUAGAACGAAUGGUUUCAAUUACAUAGCUGUUUAUAUCAAAAAGUCUUUGACUUUGGCAUAUCUUGACCUUUCCGGUAUUAAUAUAGAUAAAAAGUCUGCUACAUUUUUGGCGCAGGCACUGAUACAAGGAAAUAAUAAAUCCGGAGCUGUAUUAGAGACUUUGAACUUGGAUAAUUGCGGAUUAAAAAAUAAUGUGUUAGAAGUUUUGGGUCCUGGUAUACGUCGUUCUAAUUUGCGUAAUUUAUCACUUCGCUUUAAUCGUAUCAAUCAUGUUGGUGCGGUAUGGAUUGGAGUAAUGUUGCGAGAUUAUGAAGAUUUGAAUUUUGGCACUAACAAUGCACAACUUAGUCCUUCAAUGCCGCCUUUUAAUGAACAAGAAGAAGCUAGAGCCGAAAAGUUGCGAAGUCGAAAGCGCGGCAUAGAAGUGUUAAACAUUACUGGAAACGAUUUAAGAGUUGCUAUUUCUUUAUUGCGUUGUAAAUUAAGUGGUAUUCAGUAUAUUGCACAGGCUUUACGUCGUAAUCGAAGCCUGAAAGAAUUGCAUAUGCAAGAAAAUCGCAUAGAUCCUAAAGGAUUGGCUAUUUUGGCGGAUGGUUUGAACCCUGUCGGUGGUCCUUCAUCUGAAGGUGUAACUAUUGCUGAAUAUCUUCCAGAAACAAAUUCAUUGGUUCAUUUGGAUUUGACGUCAAAUCCAGAUAUUGACAUUGCAGGAGUUUUGGCUUUAGCUGUAUCAAUUAAAAUGAACCAUAGUGUUCGUGUCUUGGAUGUUAAUGUUCAACCAAACGAUAAUGAAAUGGCACGUCUUUCUCGUGAUAUUCUUCGCGCAUGCGUAAGGAAUACAGAAUUGGCCCAAAAGAGUGAUUCGGAGAAUUCCGAGAAUGGUUUCUUGUUAGCUGACUUUGAAACAAAAUCACAUUCUGUGUUAUCAGGAAUAACUGGUUCUUCGGAUUUUGAUGAAUCAUCAGAAUUAAGUUUAGGGAUAUAUGUGGAGGACCUUAAAAAAAAUGUGAAAGUUGGAAAAGAAAAUCUCAAAGCGUUCGAGGAAUUAUUAGCAACUGAUGAAAAAAUAUCAUUUACCGAAAAAGUAGAAGCUAAUGAAAUGAUAAAUCAAUUACAUGACCAAUGUAAAAACAUUCAAGCGAAGAUAAGACCAUAUAUUGCUGCUGUCACAGAUGAAAGUCUUCUUGAGGAACUGUUAACAUUAAAUGAUAAUUUAUCAAAUGCAUUCCAAAAAUAUGAAAAAAUUUACAAUAAUCACGAGAUUUUCCAAAAUCCAAAACCGAUUACAUCAGUGGCGGACAUUACUACCGAAUCAAAUGACGACGAUCACGAUAAUAUUAUUACUACUAUUGAAACUUCUCCAAUAACUAUAGUUACAUCGCCAACUUCACCAUCUGUAACGUCACCAACUUUUUCAAUCGGUGAUUCUGACGAUGAUAGUGAUUUCGAUAAUAUAGCUUUAUCUGAAGGAAGUUUAUCAUCAAAGAAAAUUCCACCUUCAUUAAAAAUUGAAUCGCUUUUGGCUUCUGAUAUUGACAUACAUAGUCAAAAAAGUCCUAAAAGUCCACUCGAAGAAAUGAAUAAAUUAUUGGAAGUUGAAGAAGGUCAAGUAUUAAGAAAGGCGAGAGAAGUAUUUGAUCAGGAUAUUGAAGAAACGGAAUCCAGUCCUUUAGAUCAAUUAAGUGCUUAUGAUUACUGA